AUGUGAUAGGUCUCCUUCUCCUGCCACUUUGGCAGCACACACUUCCACUCUCACUUCAUUUUUCCACUUCACUACCCAUAAAAACUAUAAAAUCGUCCCUUCCUUUCCUUUCUCUUCCGAAAUCUGAUUAUUAAAUUCGCAUGUGAGUGUUCUAUAUAUGUAUUAAUUACUACAUAUAGCUAGAUCUUAGGGAGCGUCCUCUGUUUAAUUUGUAGAUCUUGCUUGAAGGAAAAUAUUCCUGGAUACCAAUGGCUCAACUCAAUCACAGAGAGGUACUACUGUUCUAUGUUCUUUUGUUCCUUUCUGUCUCUGUUUGCUUCAGUGCCACCUGGUUGGAACCUCAACAUAGUAGAACAAUGUUGGAUGCCGAAAAAGAAGAGCAAGAGAAGCCUUUGAAAAAGAAAACCACCACCCAUUCCAACAAAACCAACACCAAGCCCACUAGUAGUAUUUCCUCAAAGAACCAAACCAAAACCAUCAAAUCCGACAACCUUAUUUCCUCCAGAAACCAAACCAAAACCAUCAAAUCCAAUCUCGUUUCCUCCAAAAACCAAACCAAAACCGUCAAAUCCAAUCUCGUUUCCUCCAAAAACCAAACCAAAACCACAAAAUUACCCAGCAACAACAUUUUCUCCAAAACCAAAAACCAAACUAAGCCACUCAAGCCUAGCUCCACCAAUUCACCUUCCAAAACCAAACCCACCGACACUGCCCUCAGCAAGAAGCUCAAUAGUAAGACCAAGAAGCUCAACGUCACAUCAAAAUCCCCACCCUCAAAACCCGGCACCACCGUUUCCAUUUCAAGCAACAAGAAAACAUUGGAUCUCGCGAGACCCACUAACAAAACAACAAAAGCCACCGCCACCAACAAGCAAGCCAAAACAACAACAACAACAAACAAGAAACAACAAACUCAGAAGAAACCUACGAAACAAAAAGCACCACCGAGUUGGAUCAUGGAGGAGCUGGAAGAGGAAGAUGAUGAUUUGGUUUCAGAGUUCACAGAUCUACCCAACAAGUUCCACCGGACACUCCUCCCCGACCUGGAACGAAUCUCCACCACUUCCAAAGCCUACAUCACCAAAGCCAACAACGAAAUGACCAAAGGCUUCAAACCCUACGUUGGCAAAAAAUACGCACCUACCCUCGCCACCAUUAUCUCUUGCGCCUUCAUACUCAUCCCUCUCCUCUUAGUCUCUCUCCUCUGCACAAGAAUCAAAGCCUAUUUCUCCCUCCAGAAGAUCUUAAUCUUCAUCCAAAUCUAUCUCUCCAUCUACUUCACCAUUCUCUGUGUCACGUCGUUCUUCACCGGCUUCGAACCCCUCAGGUUUCUAUACUCUACUUCGCAGUCAACGUAUCUGUGCCUGCAGGUGCUGCAGACCCUCGCUUACGUCUUCUACUUGCUGCUGCUCCUCAUGUACCUCGUGCUCCUGUUCUCCACGGACUGUGGCCUGGCCUCCAAGUUCUUGGGCCUGGCUCAGGUCUUCGUCGGCUUCGCCGUUGGGCUGCAUUAUUACGUCACGGUCUUUCACAGGGUCGUGCUGCAGCAACCGCCCAAGACCAAUUGGAAGAUCCACGCCAUUUACGCCACGUGUUUUCUGCUCAUCUGUGUGCUUGCCGGAGCUGAUAGAAGGAAAAAGACUUACGUGGAAGACGGUGGAGGAGAAGGCAAGAAAAAUUGAUUGAGAAGAUACCUUUCUAUUUAUUUAUUUUAUUUAUGAUUAUUAUUAUUACUAUUAUUAUUUUCAUUUUCAUUUGAUUCAAUCCAAUAAUUGAAGUUAUCAAAAAGAAAAAGCAAAAUUGCAAGCUUAAUACUACGUACAUCAUGACAACAACAGUUUCAUGCCUCCUGAUUUAAUUUGGAUGAAAACAUAGCUGAUCUUUUCUUA